GUGGAAAGACCUCAACUAAUCCCAGGGCUGAAUACCUGAGAUAUCACUCGGGGCGAAAGCUUUUACUGCUUUUUAGCUUCGCCUAUAGGACAUAAGUCAAAAUAGAUGUUCACGGGCAUAUUAAAGAUGCACACACUCCAACUGCUGUUGGUAGCGUUUCAUGUAGUUCAUAUUUUGCGCCUCGUCCACAGUUUCUGCGUCCUUCGAGCUCGUUUGCCCACAGCUCCGAGGAUAAAAUCUAGAGAAUUAACCACUGCGCAGUACCAUUAAAG